UUGAGUGAAGUCUUGUAACUAAGAGUAACAAUAAUGGAGACCAAACUCAAAUCUGGUUUGAAGAGAAUGUUAUCUUUGUUUUUCAGUAUCCGACAAUAAUAUAUGAGGUGUAUCAAUGAGACCACAUUCCCCAAUCAAAUAAUUCAUAUACCCCAUGUCUCCAAUAAUAUCUCACUACCAGGUUAAACUCAUAAACUGGUUUUCUCUCUCAUCUAUUGCCAAGAAGCCUCUCUAACUCAGGUUGGGGGGAAUGGAAGACCAUGAUGGGUUGCAGAAAGAGAGAAAUGAAGCAAAAGCAUUGAAUGAUGACAGUGGUUUGAACACAGCUCAUAGAAUUGAUCAUGAUCCAUGGCUACAAGUGGGGCUUCUUCUGGUUACAGGCUACAAUUGUGGAUAUAUCGUGAGCUUUUCAAACCUCAUUCUGAAGCCCUUAGGAUGGACAUGGGGGUUGAUUGCUAUGGUUUUUAUAGCCAUUUUAUCUCUCUAUGCAAACUGGCUCUUAGCAGGGUUUCACAUAAUUGAUGGGCAGAGGUUCAUAAGAUACAGAGAUUUGAUGGGCUGUUUAUUUGGAAAGAAGAUACAUCAUAUGACAUGGGCUCUCCAAGUUUUGAAUCUUUUGUUUGCAAAUAUGGGUUUCAUUCUUCUUGCUGGAAAUUCACUAAAGGAGAUCCAUGCGGCGUUUACAUCCUCACCAUUACGACUUCAAGAUUACAUAAUUAUAAGUGGAGUGAUCUGUUUCCUCUUCGCUUUCAUUGUCCCCAAUAUGUCAUCCAUGGGAGCAUGGUUCGCCCUCUCAGGCUUCUUCACCCUCAUUUAUGUAGUCACUAUAAUAGCAGUCUCUAUAAAAGAUGGAAAGUCUAACAUAAAAAAAGACUAUAGUGUUAGUAGAUCAAAUGUGGAGAAGGUUUUCAAUGCAUUCAAUGCAAUUUCAGCUAUUCUUUUCACUAAUACCUCAGGCAUGCUUCCUGAGAUCCAGUGUACUCUUCAUAAACCAGCAGUGAAGAACAUGAGGAAAGCAUUGUAUCUGCAAUUCACCUUGGGCCUAGGAAUAUACUACGUUAUAACAAUCAUAGGAUAUUGGGCUUAUGGUUCACAUGUCUCUGAGUAUCUUCCUGAUCAAUUUAGUGGGCCUAAGUGGGCUUCAAUCAUUGCAAAUUCAGCAAUAUUCUUUCAAACAAUCAUAUCGCAGAAUGUGUUCUGUUCACCAAUUCAUGAGGCACUUGAUACUAGAUUCUUAAGACUUGACCAGAGCUUGUAUUCGCUCGACAAUGUCAAGAGGCGUUUAUUGCUGCGGGGUGGCCUGUUUCUCCUCAACACAUUUAUAGCUGCCAUGUUUCCUUUCUUAGGAGAUUUCGUGAACCUUGUUGGUUCUUUCUCACUCUUCCCUCUAACUUUUAUCUUCCCAAGCAUGAUCUUUAUAAAGGUUCAAGGGAGAAAAGCUAACAGUGCGGUGAAGGCAUGGCACUGGCUAAACAUCAUCGGUUUUUCGUUUGUAACACUUGUAACAACCAUUGCGGCCCUUCGGUUGAUUGUACAGAACGCUAAGCUAUACCAUCUGUUUGCAGACACGUGAAGUGAUUAAGGGCAAGUUUGGGUUCACCGAACAGGUGUAUUAUUAGUAACCUGGAAGGAAUGAGGGAAAAAAGGUUUGCUUUCAUGUGUGGUUUUGCAGGAUUCAAAAAUAGAUGUAGACAAUUAAGUUGCAGAGUUGUUUCCUUACUAGUGUAUUAUGAAAUGAGAAUCAGAUGAUUUUAGAGGCCAAACGAAACAGGACCUAAAUAGCCUACAAGUGCAAAAGUGCUUCUAUUGUGCUUUUCCCAUUUCUUGCAACUCAGUGAGUCUUCUUGAUGUUCAGUUCUGUAAGAGUUGCUUCCAUUGCAAAAAGCAAUAAAAAAAAAUUCAUGAAUCA